AUGGCAAACGCUGUAUCCCGUUCUGAAGCGCGUCUCGCGUUCCCACAGGACAUCAUCCAUGACCCCGGCCGAGGCGCUCCCCUGGCCAAGAUCACCUUCCGUGACCCCUACCGGUUCAAGAAGAGGACGGAGCUGUUCAUCGCCGCCGAGGGCAUUCACACCGGUCAGUUUGUCUACUGCGGCAAGAAAGCUCAGCUGAACAUUGGCAAUGUUCUGCCCGUUGGCACCAUGCCAGAAGGCACCAUCGUGUGCUGCCUCGAGGAGAAACCUGGUGACCGUGGGAAGCUGGCCCGUGCUUCUGGAAACUACGCCACCGUUAUCUCUCACAACCCCGAGACAAAGAAAACCAGAGUGAAGCUGCCCUCCGGCUCCAAGAAAGUGAUUUCCUCUGCAAACAGAGCUGUUGUGGGGAUUGUUGCUGGUGGAGGCCGCAUUGACAAGCCCAUCCUGAAGGCCGGCCGUGCCUACCACAAAUACAAGGCGAAGAGAAACUGCUGGCCGCGUGUCCGUGGUGUGGCCAUGAAUCCUGUAGAACAUCCCUUUGGUGGUGGUAACCAUCAGCACAUCGGGAAGCCUUCGACCAUCAGGAGAGACGCUCCGGCUGGGCGCAAAGUUGGUCUCAUUGCUGCCCGUCGUACGGGCAGGCUGCGUGGAACAAAGACUGUGCAGGAAAAGGAGAACUAACGACCCAGGGUGGAGUUUACAGAAUAAAUUUUUAAAACACAGCUUGUGUGAA